AUGGCUUACGACAUCGUAACGUCAACCAUAACUGCUGAAACUUAUAUUGAACCGGAUUUCCCAGUUUCAUGGUAUAUUAUUAUCAAUGAAAAUCCGUUUGAUCGACCAUUGAAUUUUUUUCAUUCCAACACUCCGGGAUUGCAAGGAAUUAUUGAAGAAAUUGAUAAAGACAAACAUUUUGGAAUUGCUAUUCGUAUGUUUCCUGUUAGACAAUCAAAUAAGAAUGCCGAUGGUUUAGAAGAUAAACGCAGAAUUGGCUCAGUCUAUUAUUAUGAUCUUUCUACAAAUGUAGUUUCUCUCAGAAGUCGUCAAUUGAAUGAAUUAUUUAUUUUGCCAAGUGGUUAUUAUAUUAUUGUUCCAACAAUUACUGAAUUAAAUUUAAAAUCUCUGAAAUAUAUUUUUCGAAUAUUUUCAUAUGAUGAUGUCACUGUUGAACAACUUGCAUGCAAAGAAAGUCAAAGAUUUAACUCUAAAGAAAACAAAUAUAUUAAAAUAAUAUCAUUAAGAUCUUAG